GCAGAGCAACARCGGCUACAACAACGGAGGACACARCCACCACCAAACGAACCUAACCUCGAACAAAGACAUCGUCGACGCAGUGCUAAUGAUGAAGGAGUUCUGCGCCACAAUACUAGAAGAAAAGAGAAUGGAGGCACARCGCCGCAAGGAGGAUGAAGACCAAAGAAGAAGGRAAGAAGAAGAAACCAAGAAGAAGGAGGACAAAGAACGYCGCGACUUGGAGAAGAAGCAAAAAGACUUAGAAAGGGAAGCGAGGAUUGCCGUACUCAUUGACACCAAACUGGGCAAGCAAGACAACGGGUACCAAGUCAUCAUAGAACAAUUGGCGGAACAAGCAAAGCUACUCAAGGAGGCGGUCGACCAAAUGAAGGCAGGGAAUGCGAACAACCCGACUAUGGUCGAGGACAUAAKGAGAGACGUCUUCCUACUSAGAAAAGCGRAAAUAGAACGAAACCGGAGAAAAAGAKGGAAGGAGUUGGCAAGUGAUGAAGGCRAAGAACCACCAGUGGCAAAGCAAAGAAUAGAACCACCGAAGACAAACGAGCAGAAGCUACAAGAAGAACUGGAGCAGAUGCGAAGGCUACACCAAGAACAAAUGGAGACAAUGCGAGCAAAGAUAGCACGUCUGAAGUCUUCAACGAACGGGACGAAUACUCCCUCGUCCUCGAAGAAGGUGCCGAACACGCCUGCAACAGGACCAAGAGCAUUGGACCGACUUUUCGCGAAGAUCGAAUCAGCACGACGACGAGGAACGAAAGCGAGAACACGAAGGGAGGAACCCGAGGCAGAAGAACCUCUGGGUUUCGACGGAAUCUUACCAGGAAGAAAGGGGGCCGUAGCCGCACCUGGACCAGAGGGAAGGCUGRMGUACAUAUAUGACAYGAAGAAACACCUGYGGAACRAGAAUGUCAAGCAACUCGAGAAAAUGUGCAAGGACGAAAAACUCAAGCCGACAAGUUGGYGGAAGGAGGACAUGAUCAAUGCUCUGGCUGAACAACGAGCUGUCAACGCAUACGGCAAGCAAGCUGCUGCGGAACCCGUAAGGAUCAACGAACAAGCUAACACGACGGCAAGUGAUAGCGAGGAGAUCAACUAAUGAGAAGGGACCGGACCUGCCACACACCUGGAGACGAUUCCAAGAAGAAAGCCACACUCCGCGACGAAGGAAUGGGAGCAAGGAAGAAAGGAGCCAAUGCGAGCAUAAGCCGCGGAUGACGAUCGUGACAUUAGCAAAGCAAGGCAAAAUCAAGUGGCUGAAGAAGU